AUGCCCUACGCAUACGGAUACGACGUCGGUUCGCUGGACGCCCAGAACCGCCCCGUCAAUUUCGGCCACGUGGAAAACAGCGCGGCCGACGGAACCACCUCCGGCCGCUACUACGUCAGGCUCCCAGACACGCGGCUCAUGAUCGUCGACUACGUCAGCGACAGCAGAGGCUUCCACCCCACUUACACUUUCCAGGGCCAGGCGGUACAGCCGCAGCCCGCCCGCACCCCAGCCGGCGGCCAGAGUGUCGCCUCUGCGCCUAACAGAUUGUACAUCGCACCGGCUCGGGGUGGCUCUGCUGCCACUCAGCCUGCCUCUCCUGCACCAGCUCCUGCUCGACGCCAGCCUUCCCUUGCACCUACUCGGCCUGCUCCAGCAGUGACAGCACAGGCAACUCAACCUUCACCUGCUUCCCUUAGGUUUCCAUCUGCCUCUCCUGCCUCUGCCAUUCCAACACAGGCUCCUCAGCCUUCUUCAGUGCCUGUUCAAACUCCCACAAAUGUUCAGGCUCCUCGAACUUCCCCUGUUCCUGCUCGAUCCCAGGCUCCCCUUCCUGCUCCGGCACAGAGCCCUUCGGCCGCAGUUCCUUCACCUGUCCCGCAAGCCAGUCCUGCCCUCGCUCCUGUGGGACGUCAGCCUGCUCCUCCUGCUCCUCCUGCUCCUCCUGCUCCACAGAUCGCUUCUGCUCUCCCUGCCCAAGUCUUCUUUGUCCCCGCUGUAAGCCAGCCCGGCUUGCCUGCCCCUGUGCCCGCCCCACAGCCCUCCCCCGCUCCGGUUAGAAGCCAGUCGGCUCUCCCUUCCCCUGCGCCGGCCCCCCAGCCUCCCACGGUCCUUGCCAGGACUCAACCUGCCUCCCCGGCCCCUCUACAGCUUGCUCCUGCAGCAGCGCUCCAAUCUGCCUCUGCUAGAAGCCAGCCUGCUCUCCCUGCUCCUGCUAGAACACCCCCCCAGCCGUCUCCUGCUCCAUCAGCUCGUGCGUCCGCUCCUCCAGCCGCCGCGCCCCUGCCCGCAGGGGCCCCGCCGGCCCCUCCCGCGUCCGGCCCCCUCCUUCAAACUGCCCCCCCACCUUCGCCUGCGUCGCCAGUACCCCAGGUUUUCUUCCUGCUACAGAAUCCUCAGUCUCUCCUCGCAGCCACGCCCUUCCAAGCGGUUUCCCCGUCCUUAGCAGGUCCUCAACCUACCUCUGCUCCUGCUGGAAGCCAGGUUACCUCUCCUGCUGCCGUUGGUAGUCCAGUGCAGCAGGCUUCCGCAGUUCCUCGUCAGGCGCCGCAGACGCAAGCUGCUAACCCAGUGUUCCUUAUUGCACAGGUUCCUCAGCCUUCCCCUGUUUCUGCCGGAGCUUAA